AUGAAAAUAUCAAUACUUGUUUUGUUUUUAAUUUUUAUUAAAAAUAUUAUUUGUGAAAUUAGGGAAUUAAGUUUUCACGAAUUCGAGCGAAUGCUAACAAAAAAUUAUCAUCAAAACAAAAAUUAUAUAUUAGAGAAUAAAAUUAAUUACAAAAAAUCACAUACAAUUAAAGAUUAUUUAUAUUUAAACACUGACAACGAUUUUGUUCUUUAUCUAUAUGCUAAAUGGAAUGCUGAUUCGAAUAAUCUGAUAACAGUUUUUAGGGAAGUAGCAAGAAUAAUAGAAGAAAAAAAUCUCAAAAUCCCCUUUUACACUUUUAAUGUAGACAAUGCUAAGGAAUUUUGCAACUUAAUAAAUGUCACUUCCCUUCCAUUGAUAUUAUAUGUAUCAUCUGUUCAUAAAAAAAAAUAUGAUUCCUUACUUCAAAAAAUCGUAAACUCAAGUAAAGACAUAAAAAUAGGCAAUGCCUUCAGAUAUAGUGGAGAUAUGUAUUGCUAUGAUUAUAUAGUGGAUUGGGUGGAAGUUCAUCAUUACUUUGCAAAGGCUCUUUUAUUUAUGAAGAGGAUUUUUAUGAAAAGAAUAUAA